CUCAGUGAGUACUGCUAGAAUGUUGUUGUGGUUCACUGUCUGGCUUCUUUCACACAGCUCACUACUUCGAAGCUUGUGAGGGCUACUGUGUGACUUCCUUUCACACAGUUCAAUACUUCAAAGCUUGUGAAAGCAACUGUCUGACUUUCUUUCACACAGCUCACUACUUCGAAGCUUGUGAGGGUUACUUGGCCUGUCAACAUCUGGCAACAUGCUUCUCCGGACCUUGCUGUUGUUCCUCUGUGUAUCCUCAGGUCUAUGUGCCACUUUAAGCCUUUUUCACAUGCAAGCCAAAGAUGAAGAUACACAAGACCCAACUGCUGCUUUGGACAAUCCUGUUUUGGACAAUAUAGUAGACACUGUGGAUGGAAACAUGCAAGAAAAUGAAACAACUGCAGAUGAGAUAACCAACGAUGCAUCUCCACCUGAAGAAGAGAAAGGUCUACUUGAAAAAUUAAUGGAGAAUGAUAAACAGCCAGAAGUGGAAAAAGAGGUACAAGAAGAAGUACAAGAAGAAGUUAAUGCUGCUAUAGAAGACGUGGCUCCAACUGAGGAGGUAGUGACUGAUAGUGACAACAAAACUGAAGACAUUAUAGAAGCCAAUGUAGUUGAUGAUACAAUUCCAGACCCACUUCCUCAAGAGGAGGACAAUGAAAUUAAGCCUAUUCAGAUAGAAGAAGUCCCCAAAAAGCCAGAAGAACAGAGCAGCAGAUGGAGCUUCAACUCAAUCAGGAACAGUUUCCAAAAUAUGAAUGGGUAUUUUGACUCUCUGGUGGAGCUUGUAGGAGGGAGAAAUGGAGUUUGUCAGUACCGCUGCAGAUAUGGAGAAGUCCCUGCCCCCCGUCCCGGAUACCAGCUCCCCGAGCCCAACGGUUGCAGCUCGUCCCUGGUGGGAUUCCAGGUGAAUGCUGCUCUGGACUUGGGGAUCCCUGCCAUGACUCAGUGCUGUAACCAACUGGACUCCUGCUACGACACGUGUGGCACCAGCAAGUACGACUGCGACUCCAACUUCCGCUCCUGUCUCCAUGGCAUCUGCUCUGACCUCAAGAAGAGUCUCGGGCUGGGCACACAAUAUCAAACCUGUGAAUCAAUGGCAGAUGGACUAUUCAACACAGUUUGGACUCUCGGUUGCAGGCCCUACAUGAACAGCCAGAGGGCGGCGUGUAUCUGCGAAGAAGAGGAGAAAGAUGAACUGUGACCAACUGAAAGCACAUAGCAGACUUUGAGGUAUAAUGUAGCAGUAGUUCCUUCACUGGUUCAAAGUGUGGGAACUGAAAUGGACACAAAACAAAGAUACACAUUUGUAAAUUUGUAUAAUUUUUAUUUAUGCAGGGUCUUGAGUGUGGUUAUGAAUAUUAACUGG